AUGCCAAUGUUUCACCCACAUCAGCUGUUGACCGGCUGGAUGGUUCUAACUCCUGACCAGCUGGCAGAGCAAAUGGGCCAGUCCGCUGUUAAUCAGUCAAGCCAAGCCGACUCAUCCACUUCGCAACAGCAAGGGUGGAUGGCCCAGCCUAUCCCAUACAACCGGAGAGUCCGAAUGACCGAGGAACACUAUCUGGAAUUGAAAUGGCAAUCCUACCUUGCCACUCACAACAUCGCCCAUCAUUGGACCCCCUUUGAGACGCUAGAGCGCGACAAGUACGCACCAAUCUUGUCACAAGAACUUCAGCGCAGAAGGGCCGUCGAUUUGGAGCAAUUCAAAAACUCCUUAAACGUCGCAAUUCUCGCGCUUCUUUCCAACACGCACGUCGAUGCUGGAAACGCUAGGGUCAUUGACGGCCUUGGGGAGCUGACGGAAGAAGUCCGUCAGAAACUCGUGCUCCCUGCCGUGGGAGAGGCCGCAACUCCAUUUACCCCGGAAGCCCAAAAUGCAUUUCAAUCGGCCGUGCAGUCUAACACCCAGGCGUACGGAGCGCUUCUCCCCCAGGGCCUCGAAUAUGGUCCCGUGAAGUACUCGAGGGCCAUGAAAUUCAACAUGGCGCCGGACCACAUGAUGCCCGUGAACUUACAGGUGGCCACGAGGCUGGCCGAUGAGCCGGCGUAUUUUGGGCACCGCGGUGGAGACUACAUCUUCAAGUACACGAGCAUGCACCGCACUGACAAGCGAGACAAGCAUCGCUUCCAGUACGAGUGCCAGGUUCCGCGGACGCAGGGAGAAUAUCUCGCUCGGCUGCAGUCAAUCAUGCCAAGGGUAUUGAAGAUGUUGAAUUCAUUCAUCAUGUUUCACCCCUACAGUGCGACCCAGCCCAUUGACAAAGUUAGAUGGUUGCGCACGAUGUCGGACGAGGACGUCUCGCACAUUAGAAGCACUUAUAUGUCGAUGUUUCCAUCCCAAGAUGUACCAUCGAAAGAGUUUCACAAAUUUAUGAGGGAACGCUUGAUGGCAACUGAGGUCGUCUCGGAGUUCGCUUGGCUCGUGGAAGAGACCAAUGACAACCUCAGGGACCAGAGGGCGCGGAAAUUGGCCGACUUCCUCGUGGAAAUCACAGGCCAGAAGGACCUGAAGACCCUCGCGGGAUAUUUCACUCGUCGGCAGAGGGCGAUUGCUGAGAGGAUCCUGUUCCAAGAUAACGAGUAUAACGACAGAGUCGGAGUGUACAAGUGCCCUAAAACCUUCGUCGAGCACACUCGCACCCAGCACCCCGACGUCGUUACCGAUCCCCUCGCCAACCUCUACAGCGGCCUUCACAACCCGGCUCUUAUCUUCAAGGACUCGCUCGAGAGGGUUUACGAAACAGUCCGGGGAAGCAUCGCAGACCGAGCUAACUCUGCACCCGACGCCAACGGUCCGAAGAACGUCGUUUCGCAGCCAGAGGUUGCCUCGUGCAGUGGUUUCCUACCUGUCGGUUCGAAUUCUCAGCCCGCCGCUUCGGUUUCCCAACCUGCUGAUUCGAGCACUACCACUGCUCAGCUUUCGUCUGUCGAUCCGAGUCAGUUGGACGACUAUUUGAACGCCUUCUUGACCGUUUCGGGCCUAAAGAAUCCGCCUGAUUUAGUCGAGGAAACCGGUUCUUCGUCAUCGUCAUCCGACUCGGAGCCCAACGUCGUCCAGAGUUUCAAUCCAGAUAACUUCUUGAGUCUCGGCACCGGCACCACCAGCGACGAUCCUUCUGUUGUGGAUUUCGACCCCCUGGCGUUUGACUUCGAUACUUUCCUGCAGUCUGAUUCCGCUACCAACUUUGACAUAAAGGUCUCCGCCGUCCCUACUACAAAUCCUGAUCCUCCGGCUUCUAUCUUUGAUUUAACUACCGACCAACAUCCGCUUCAACCAGAUCUUGAAGCAUUACUCCGUCUCCCCGAGAUCCCCGCUACGGAUUUCUUUCAAGAGCUCAUCUACACCGGUGGCCCAAACCAGAAUAACACCCCGCAAACCACCAAUCAGCAGGAGUCCCAGGAAGACCCCGCCGCGAACAUUAUUAACUACGUUGCACCUGUUAUAGGCCUCAACUGCGACAAUCUAGAAUCGAGGGGCACCAAACGAUCUCUAGACGAAUUUCUCGAUCAAAACGACUAA